AUGUCUUUGCUCAUCAAAAACGGUACCAUUGUGAACGAGGACGAGAUGUGUCGUGCUGACAUACUUAUCGAAGAUGGAGUCAUCGCCGAAAUGGCUGCAAAAAUCACGCCUGAAAAUCCAGAUAUCCAAGUAAUAGAUGCGGAAGGAUUGUUUGUGAUGCCCGGUGGAAUUGAUCCUCACACUCACAUGCAGUUCCCAUUCAUGGGUACAGUUUCUAUGGAUGACUUCUUCUCUGGCACACGGGCUGCUCUAGCUGGUGGAACAACAAUGAUAAUUGACUUUGUGGUCCCCACGAAGGACACCACUCCAAUCGCAGCAUACCGUCAAUGGAGAGAGUGGGCAGAUCCCAAGGUAUGCUGUGAUUAUGGACUAUCCAUGGCCAUCACAAGCUGGAGUCCGAAAAUUGCAGAGGAAAUGGAAAUACUAACGAGACCAGAGUAUGGUAUUAACUCUUUCAAAUUUUUCUUGGCCUACAUGGGAACUUACAUGGUCCGUGAUGAGGAAUUCUAUCAAGCAAUGUUAAAAUGUUCCAAAAUUGGGGCACUAGCUCGAGUUCAUGCUGAGAACGGUUCCGUGAUCGCUGAAAGGGCGAAAAUGUUGCUGAAGAAAGGUAUCACUGGUCCAGAAGGUCAUCGUCAAAGUCGGCCAGAAGAGCUGGAAGCUGAGGCAACUAAUCGAGCUUGUACGAUGGCAUCGCAGGCCAAUUGUCCCCUCUACGUCGUCCAUGUGAUGUCGAAAGGAGCAGCAAAAGCCAUAGCGAAUCAUCGUGAACAA